AUGUCCUCAAGCCUCGCCUCGAUUACACUAAGCGAGCAGCAUCUCCGCCCAGACGAUGCCUUCUACACCUCUCCGCCCCGCAAUCCAUCUCUCCUGCGCGCCGACACCAUCACUUCUCGAAAUGCUCAGCGCGGCCAACAGUCGCAAAGGUCGAGUCGCGAAAAGCGUCGAGGGAGAAGCUCGUCUCGACGCCGUGCAGCUCUCGUGCCCAAGGCAACGAGCAAUGGGCAGUGGAAGAAGCUGUUGUGGGUGAAGCAGUCCUAUCCUGAUAACUAUACCGACGAGGAGACAUUCCUGGAUCAUCUCCAGCGUAAUCCAAAGCUGAGACCAUAUGAGUUCUGGCCGUUGGUGGCUGAUAGCACCAUCAUUGUACAACAUGUGUGUACAGUGCUGAUCUUCGUGUGCUGCUUCGCGGCCAUCUCGAGCAACCGCGUCAGACCAGAAAGUGUGGUGAGCCUGGCGACGGGAGGUACGGUCGUCGCUUGGGGCUUUCGCGACAAGUGGCAAAGUCGGUCCGAGGAGGACGGCGAGGACGAUGGGAAGGAGGGAAGUGCAGGCGGCGUUGAAGGGGACGACGAGAAGAGCUCACGCGGGAGUGAUGAUUUUGCAGCCGAUUACGGUAUGCCGUUCAAGGAAGUUCCAGGUAUUCCAAUUACUGCAGCCAACACCACCAGGACACACUCGAGGAACCUUUCAAACGCUUCUAUCGCAAUGACUGGCGGCGUAUCUGGUUCUGCUUCCCCCAUAGUUCCCAACGGCGAGACUAUCCCGCCACUCCCCAGCAUACCCUCGUAUAUUCCCCCUUACAACAGCAGUAAAAACUCCAUGUUCUCGCCACGUAUGCAGGAACGAUUGACGACAGCGAAAUCGGCCAUUCUCAUCUAUUGCUCCCUGCUCGGCCUGUCUCCCAUCUUGAAGUCUCUGACGCAAUCCACUUCCAGUGACUCCAUCUGGGCUUUGGCAUCCUGGUUGCUCAUCCUCAAUAUCUUCACAUUCGACUACGGCGCAGGUCCAGAAGCCAAAUUUCCGGCCUCACUGAGCACCAAUGCAGCGCUCAUGGCUUCUACGGUACUCGCUUCUCGUCUACCCACCACCACUCAUGUCUUCUCCUUGACCCUCUUCAGCAUCGAAGUUUUUGGCCUCUUUCCGGUCUUUCGUAGACAUCUGCGACAUCAUUCAUGGACUGGUCACGUCUGGCUUACAAUCUUCCUGGUUGCUGUCGCAAGCGGUGGCUUGGGUAUGACGAUCUCUGGCGGAGGCUAUGGAUGGGGUGUUUUGGGUGUUGUCCUCGGAGCUGGAGUCAUGGGUCUCGGCAUGGGUAUGACGAGUUGGUGGCUAAUCGGCCUGCAAAGAUAUAAAAAUGAGAUUUACGGGCCUUGGGAUCCUGCGAGACCAAUUCUUGGUGGCAGGCGAGGUUGGUCGUGAUGUUGUAAAAGAUCAAUGAUACCCCAUCUCAGUCGAGAGAUGAAACGCCUAGAACAAUAUGCUGCUGUACCAGACAUUUAUGAAAAGUGUCCAAUCGUACUGGUUGUCUGGAGUGCUGGACAACGGCAAAAGCAGGUGCCCUGCUCGUCUGUUUCGCGUUGUCCUGGAAUGGGUAAAGUCCCAGUCCACAGGAAUACAAUAGGUUCAUGAAUACUCAUCUUCUCCAGAAGGAAGAAUUGGCCUACCGCGGCCACGAAGUCUCGCUCGCCGCAGUGACGAGCAGGAUCGAGACAUUCACAUCAGUACUCAUCCAGCCCCAGAGCUCCGCCGU